UCAUUGCGCCGGGGUUUAUCUUUGGACCCCACUUUGCAUCUCAAUAACAUAGACAUAUCUGUUCAACAGGAACACAAAUUUCUUGGUGUAAUCUUUGACAAGAAGCUUUCUUUUGUGCCACAUUUGAAGAAGUUGAAACGUAAAUGCUUAAGUUCUUUAAAUGUUCUCAAGGUGUUGUCCCACAUUUCAUGGGGAUCGGACAGGCGAUGCCUCUUACGAUUAUACAACUCCCUGGUUCGGUCUCGGCUUGACUACGGUGCAGUCGUGUAUGAUUCGGCACAAUCUUCUACUUUGAAGAUGCUGGAUCCCGUUCACCACUUGGGGCUCAGACUUGCCUCCGGUGCAUUUCGUACAUCACCUGUGUUAAGCCUAUAUGCUGAUACACAUCAGAUGUCGCUUGAGAAACGCAGACAGUACCUGAGUCUCUGUUAUGCUUAUCGGGUCUAUUCUAAUCCACAACACCCAGGUUACAGUGCCAUUCAUAGCUGUCGUUUCUCUCGACUUUUUGAAAACAAGCCGACCAUUGUACGGCCACUCAACUUUCGCAUUCAGAAUUUCAGUGCUUCCCUUCAUGUCCCACUUCAUGUUGCCGUGCUAAAUUACAGGGACAGAGUUGCUCCUUGGGACGAAGUCCCAAUCGUUUGCGACUCGACACUUACAAAAUACAGUAAGCGGGCUACCUCCCCACGAGUUCUUCAACAGGAGUUCCUUUCAUUACAGGAGACUUAUAGAGGUUACACUGAAUUCUAUACCGAUGGGUCGUAA